CAAAGUCAUGCUUGCAAAGCCGGCGGCGGCGAGUACCGAAGCAUCCAUGGGGUGGCAGUAACAGUAUCUUCUUUAUGACUCGCAGCAAAGCGGAGAAUGCAUUCAAUCAAAUGAGCCGGUCUUGUAGAAACACUGGAAUCAUUUAUGCAUUGCAGUUUCUCUCGCCUCUAUCCUUCUCUUCCUUUGCUCCUUAGGAUAUUUUGGGUGGAUUGUGGUUUUCAAUCAAGACCUCCUGUUCUUUGCUGAUCAGUUGUCAUUUCCACUGGGGAUUCGCAUCAUUCGGGGCAAGCGGACAACCGAUUUUUUUUUCUCCUUUCUUCCUUUCCCUUUGGAGAUUUUCCUUUUUUUUUUUUUUUUUUUUUUUUUUUUUUUUUUUUUUUUUCCCUCCAACAUCACCCCCGCCCCCCUUUCAGCGCGGCGGCGAGGGUGCUAGGACCCGGGAAGCAUCCUCCCCCGGCAUCCCCCCUCGGCACGGCACCAGGAAACCCCUCCGGACCGCCGCUCUCCGGAUACUUGUGCCCGGCAGCCCGGAUCCGGCCCUCGGCGGCGGCGGCGCUGGACGUGGAGCAGCCCGUGGGGGGGCCCCAGGCCGGCCGCCCCCCUGCCCCUUCUCCCCCCCGCCGCCGCACCUGGAUGGUACCUCCCGCCGGCGGUGCGGGCACUUUCUGAACUAGGAAGGAAGGGGCGACUUGGGGGGGCGGGGGGGGGGCGCCGCCGAAGUCCGUAUGGAAUUACCUGCGGCCGCGGCGGAUGGAUGGGCGUCGCGUCCCCGACACUCGCGCCCAGCGCAGCAGCAGCCCCGGGAGUGAACGCGGGGCUCCUCCGGCCGAGUGCGCAGUGUGGCGGUGGUGGUGGUGGUAGUGAGCGGCGCUCGCCUCGCUGGACGGAUCGCACCGGAGGGAUAUUUCGGAAGACUCCCGCGGGGAGCAGCUGUGGAAAGACAGAAGAUGAAAGCUCCCAUUCCAAAUUUGAUUCUCUUGUAUGCUGCUCUAACUCAGAGCUUGAAGGUUGUGACCAAAAGAGGAUCAGUUGAUGGAUGCACAGACUGGUCUGUGGAUUACAAGAAAUAUCAAGUUCUAGUGGGAGAACCUGUUCGUAUAAAAUGUGCACUUUUUUAUGGAUAUAUUAGAGCUAAUUACUCCCUAGCACAAAGUGCUGGACUCAGUUUGAUGUGGUACAAAAGCUCUGGACCGGGAGAUUUUGAGGAACCAAUAGCUUUUGAUGGAACUAGAAUGAGCAAAGAGGAAGACUCCAUUUGGUUCCGACCAACAGUGGUACAAGACAGCGGACUCUAUGCAUGUGUGAUAAGAAACUCAACUUACUGUAUGAAAGUGUCCAUUUCUCUGACGGUGGGUGAAAAUGACACUGGACUCUGCUACAAUUCAAAGAUGAAAUAUUUUGAAAAAGCUGAACUUAGCAAAAGCAAGGAAAUCUCAUGCCCUGAAGUAGAGGAUUUUUUAUUUCCAUUUAGGGAGCCAGAGAUUCUAUGGUAUAAGGAAUGCAAGUCAAAGACAUGGAGAUCAAGUAUUGUGUUUAAAAAGGACACUCUUGUCAUUCGUGAAGUUAGAGAGGAUGACAUUGGAAAUUACACUUGUGAGGUAAAAUAUGGAAUCUUUGUUGUCAGAAGAACUACGGAAUUAACAGUUACAGCACCACUAACAGAUAAACCACCAAAGCUUUUACACCCCUUGGAGAGUAAGCUAACAAUUCAGGAGACCCAGUUAGGUGGUUCUGCUAAUCUAACCUGCCGAGCUUUCUUUGGAUAUAGUGGAGAUGUCAGUCCUUUAAUCUACUGGAUGAAAGGAGAGAAGUUUAUUGAAGAUUUGGAUGAUAGUCGAGUCUGGGAAAGUGACAUCAGGGUUCUCAAGGAACAUCUUGGGGAACAGGAAGUUUCUGUCUCAUUGAUUCUUGACUCUGUGGAAGAAGAAGACCUUGGCAAUUACUCAUGCUAUGUUGAGAAUGGAAAUGGACGCCGUCACGCCAGUAUUCUUCUGCAUAAAAGGGAGCUGAUGUAUACAGUUGAGCUUGCUGGUGGGCUUGGUGCUAUUCUGCUGCUGCUUGUUUGUUUAGUGACUAUCUACAAGUGUUACAAGAUAGAGAUUAUGCUCUUCUACAGGAAUCAUUUUGGAGCCGAAGAACUAGAUGGAGACAAUAAAGACUAUGAUGCAUAUCUAUCCUAUACCAAAGUGGAUCCUGACCAGUGGAAUCAAGAAACCGGAGAAGAAGAAAGAUUUGCUCUUGAGAUCUUACCAGAUAUGCUUGAAAAGCAUUAUGGAUACAAGUUGUUCAUACCAGACAGAGAUUUAAUUCCCACAGGAACCUACAUUGAAGACGUGGCAAGAUGUGUAGACCAAAGCAAACGAUUGAUCAUCGUCAUGACUCCGAAUUAUGUUGUAAGAAGAGGCUGGAGCAUCUUUGAACUGGAAACAAGGCUUCGAAACAUGUUAGUCACUGGUGAAAUCAAAGUGAUACUGAUCGAAUGCAGUGAACUGCGAGGAGUUAUGAACUACCAGGAAGUUGAGGCCCUGAAACAUACCAUCAAGCUCCUCACUGUCAUUAAAUGGCACGGACCAAAAUGCAACAAGCUAAAUUCCAAGUUCUGGAAACGUUUACAGUAUGAAAUGCCUUUUAAGAGGACUGAACCCAUCACACAUGAGCAGGUUUUAGAUGUCAGUGAGCAGGGGCCCUUUGGGGAACUGCAGACAGUCUCCGCAAUUUCAAUGGCUGCUGCCACCUCCACUGCUCUUGCCACUGCCCAUCCAGAUCUGCGCUCCACCUUUCACAACACAUAUCACUCACAGAUGCGCCAGAAACACUAUUAUAGAAGCUAUGAAUACGAUGUACCUCCUACUGGCACCCUGCCGCUUACCUCAAUAGGUAACCAGCAUACCUACUGCAACAUCCCUAUGACACUUAUAAACGGGCAGCGGCAACAGACAAAAACUAACAGGGAGCAGAAUCCAGAAGAAGCUCACACAAACAGUGCGAUACUGCCCCUCUUGCCACGGGAGACCAGUAUAUCAAGUGUCAUUUGGUGACAGAAAUGCAAGGGGCUAUCCACCCCUCGAGUAGGAGCUGAGUCUGCAGUCUGGUGCCUGGAACUACAUCCUUGACUGCUGCUGUUAAACAUGCAUUACAAUCGAUAACAUACAAGGAAAAACAGGGUCUUGUAUAUAUGUUUUUUCCAAUUUCUUUGUAGCAUUGGUCUUCCUGUUUUACCCAUGUCUCUUCCCAUUCACAUUUUCAACUUUGUUU